UCCCCAACCCUCCUCAGUCUUGCUCCUGCAAGCAACAACAAAACCAAAACCAAAAAAAAUGUGCGGUGGUGCGAUUAUUUCCGGUUACGUCGACGAGAAGAGCGGCCGGCGGUUGAAGGCCAAGGAGCUCUGGUCGGAGCUCGACACACUCUCCGACUUCCUCGGCUUCGGCUUCCCCGGCGGCAACAAAGAUGUUAAACCCAUUAAUCAUCCAGGCGCGGCGACAGAUGAUGAAGGAAAGCGUAGCAACAAGGCGAAUUGUAACAAUAACGAUGAUAAAAGAGCCCGGCGGCAGAUCAAAGGUCGGAAGAACGUGUACAGAGGGAUAAGGCAGCGGCCGUGGGGGAAAUGGGCGGCGGAGAUCAGGGAUCCGUACAAGGGCGUCAGAGUCUGGCUGGGAACCUACAGCACCGCGGAGGAAGCCGCUCUGGCUUACGACGGCGCCGCCAAGCGGAUCCGCGGCGACAAGGCCAAGCUCAAUUUCCCGGACAUCUCCGCCGCCUUUCAAUUCCCUCCGCCGCAGCCGGCUGGCCGAGGGGAACAAGAAGAUCAACAACAACAAGGAGCAGCCCCGGUUUCCUCCUCUCCUGCUCCCGAAACCCAGCCGCCGGCCAAGAAGCGUUGCAUCGCCGUCGGAGCCGAAACCGUCCUUCCUCCGCCGCCUCUUCCGCCGCAACAGGAGGCGCAAUCGUUUCUGGGAUACGGGCUGGAAGAGCAAAUCUCGAGCCUGGAAUCGUUCCUGGGGCUGGAGCCGGAGACAGGGGAGGGGAUCCCGGCUGUCAUCGGAGGCGGUGGUGAAUCGGCGGAGGAUCUUUGGAUGCUGGAUGACUUGGUGAACCAGUGCCAGUACCAGCAGCAGCUGCUCCUGCCAAGUCAGGUGGCUUACUGAAAGAGAAAAGAGAGAGACAGAGACGGAGAGAUUUGCAGUAAGAAAUAAAAACAGGGGAAGAGAUUACGUUGAUGACGCAAUUACCAAUUAUGGGGCUACUGGUUAAGGCCGGUGGCGUUUCAGUUUAGAUGUCUGAUGGAGGAUUGGGGUUUUUUUUUUGUAUUAUGCUUUCCAUUAGUAUUAUGUAUUAAUUAAGGGUACUCUAAAUACUUCCCGCUUAAUUUUCUCUUUGGGUUUGCGGGGCAAUCUGGCGCUGGUUUCAGUGGCCUGUCUGUUUAAAAAUAACAUUUAAUCAAGGUAUUUUGUGUAUAAGUUCAUCCUUCAUUUUCCCCUUUAAACCGAAUAUUUCGUAACUACAAACGAUAAGAAAAUCUUUGCGUACU